CUUGCGCUCAUCAUGGCCUCCAAAUCGUCUGGAAAGGACAAGCUGCUCGACGAGCAAGACGAAAUCUUGCAGGCUGUCGUGCUUGCAGACAGCUGGAACAGGCGCUUCCGUCCUCUGACAACGAACAAACCACGAUGUCUCCUCCCCAUCUGCAAUGCCCCUCUACUCGACUGGACCUUCGAAAGUCUGUCUCUGGCAGGCGUACAAGAAGUUUUUGUUCUCUGCCGCUCCCACUCUGGGCAAGUAAAAAAAGCAAUCAGGGAAUCCAAAUGGUCAAAACCGGGCUCAGGAAUGAAGAUCGUGCCCGUUAUGACGGCGAAGGAGACCUUCUCUGCUGGCGACGCGAUGCGCGAUAUCUAUACCCGCGGAUUGGUGACCAGCGAUUUCGUCCUCGUCUCUGGGGAUUUGGUGAGCAAUAUCCGGAUCGACGAAGUCGUCAAGGCGCAUAAGGAGCGGAGAAGGACGAAUAAAGACGCGAUCAUGACCAUGGUGGUUAAAGAGGCGUCUGUUGAACAUCGAACCAGGUCGCAAGGAGAAUCUGCGGUCUUUGUCGUUGAUCCUUCCAACUAUGAGUGUCUGCACUAUGAAUCCGUCCUUGGGCAUCCGCGCAAAACGGUUGUCGACGUUCCGAGGGAAGUCCUUGCUUCGCGUAAGGAGGUGGAGAUCCGCUACGACUUGAUUGAUUGCUGUAUCGAUGUUUGCUCGGUCGAGGUUCCCUCGCUGUUCCAAGACAACUUUGAUUAUCUUGAUAUUCGAAGGGACUUUGUUCAUGGGGUGUUGACGUCUGAUUUAUUGAUGAAGAGCAUACACUUGUACGUUGCGCAGGACGGAUAUGCCGCGCGUGUACGGGAUACCAAGAGUUACGAGUCCAUUAGCAAGGAUAUCCUUUCGCGAUGGACAUUCCCUCUAGUCCCCGAUGAUAACUACCCAGGUUCGACACGAUACGAGCACACUCGCGGAAACCGCUAUCUGGCCAAAGACAAAUCACCCAUUCUCGCUCGCACAUGUAAAAUCGGUAUCAACACCCUCAUUGGCGCUUCAACAGAAAUCAGUGAUAAUGUCGAAAUCAAGUCUUCCGUCAUCGGUCCCAACUGCGUCAUCGGCCCCAACACCAUUAUCGAAAACUCUUACAUCUUCCAAGGAACGACCAUUGGCGCCGAUUGUCGAAUAACGAAGAGCAUUGUUGGCGUCAAUGCAGAUAUCAAGGAUGGGAGUGUGAUUGAGAAAGGAGGGGUGGUUGGGGAUCAGGUUGUGCUGGGACCGAAUGCAAAGCUAAGUCCGUUUGAAAGGGUGUCAAUUCCUUGGAAGAAGUUGAAGGAAGAGGCCAAGGCCGACGGGGUUAAGAGUGAUAGGAGCGAGGGUGACAGUGAGGAUGAGGAGGACAGUUUGUCAGACGAAGAGGACGAAGAUUCCGAUAUCGAAGAGGUCGAAGCUGCCCAAGAUUCUUUGGACAAGUCAAAACUGGGUCCGGCAUCCAACGCGAUCCUGUGGCCUGAUACACCACCCGAGGACGAAGAUAGCGAUGAUGAGGAUAAUGUUGAAAACUACACCAACCAGCGGUUCAUGCGCAUGGCCGAUGAUAUCCGGUUCUCAGACGACUUUGACGACACUGGAGAUGCAGCAAAGGCCCUUCGAUCACCCUCAACCACAUCUCUUACCAGUGGAGUCCGCGAUGCUGAGAAGGAAUUCCGUUCGGAAGUCGUGCAGUCUUUGGAAAGAGCUUUCGUCGAAAACCAUUCGUUGGACAAUGCUGCUGUCGAGUUGAAGACCCUGCGUAUGGCAUCCAACGUCCCGCUUUCUCGGGUCAAGGAAGUUGUUAUUGCGACCCUGGUGGAAAGGAUUCCUCUGGUCGAAGAGGGUGGCAUUGCCCAGCGCAAAGAGAUUCAUACCGUCCUCGGACGAUGGGGCCAACUUAUUAAUAGAAUUGGGGGUGUCGAUCCUGUUGAGACCCUCGUUAUGCUUCAGCGACAUUGCAUUGGUUCUCCUCGACUGUCGCUAUUCGGUCAGAUCUUGGCAGCCCUGUAUCAACACGAUGUCGUGGAAGAAGAGGACCUCAUCGCAUGGCAUCGCACGCCCGGUGCCAAGGGCGAGGAUGCAAACCCCGGUCCCGAGCAAGACAAUCUAAAGAAGACCUGGCUUGUGGGCGGCCAGUUGAUUGUUCAGCUGGCUGAACAAGACAGCGAGGACGACAGCGACGAGGAUGACGACGACGAAGAGUCUGACGACUAA